AUGUUUUGCACAAAACACAAUUCCUGUUUCUUCCGUUUCAGAGAGCUACAGUUCUCCAGCUUCUCGGCAAGAGAUUUUCGCCGGAUCAAAGUUUUAGGCAGGGGGAGUUAUGGCAAGGUUCUACUUGUUGAGUACCUUCCGGCUAAUAUAUACUGUGCCCUGAAGGUACUCAAGAAGGACGAAAUAUACUCCUUGGAGGAAAUACAACGCAUUUUAGCCGAAAAGGAAAUCGGGCAGACGGUGAACCCAGACAACUUCAUAGUGGAUUUAUACGCCACAUUUACCACCAAAUACCAUCUUUUUUUUGUCUUGGAGUUUGUUGCAGGAGGAAGUCUGAGAACCCAUCUGAAGAUCUGUGGGCACUUCGACCUAGAGAGAGCUAAGUUCUACGCUGCCUGUAUACUCCUAGGCCUGGAGGCGAUCCACAUGAAGGAUGUUGUUCACAGAGAUUUAAAGCCAGGAAAUCUCCUUAUGGAUAAGGACGGCUAUUUAAAGAUCGCCGAUUUUGGCCUGGGCAAGACCGGAAUUGGAUAUGGAGACCGAACAAACAGCAUGGUUGGGUCUCCAGCUUAUAUGGCACCAGAGGUUGUGGGGAAAAAGGAGUACACAAGAGCCGUCGACUGGUGGGCUCUCGGAGUCAUCACGUACGAAAUGCUCCUCGGGAAGAGACCCUUCGAUGGACAUAACAACAGCUGCUUAUGUGAAUAUAUCGAGGAGGCGGAACCGCACUUCCCAGAGUCGCUGGAACCAGUAGCAGUGAGCUUCAUAUCAGAGCUCUUGAACAAGAAUCCCGAGGAGCGACUGGGUUCUACCGAAGGAGAUGCAGCUGAUGUAGCCGAACAUCCCUUCUUUAACAACAUAGUCUGGGAUGACAUACUGGAAAGGAAGGCGACGGCUCCGUUCAUACCCAGCCUCGACGGACCGGAGGAUGUCACCUAUUUUGAAGAGGAGUUUACUAAGCUGUCAGCCAAUCUGACGCUGCCGAAAGGACCUUCUGCCGAAAUGGAAAUUCCGAUCGAAGAAGCCUUUCAGGACUUCACCUAUUCGGCAUUUUAAGUCCUAAUACAAUCAUAGACGGGUCUCGGAAGCGUUCAGAAAAGGCAACUCAAACAACACCAGCAGCAGUUUCCUAAAAUUCCAAACACUGCUGUACCGCCAGUUAGGUAACUCCUCUUCAAAAUCACAAUUCCAC